AUGGCAGCUCAUCUCGCUCUCUUGCCACUGAUCCGCGACUCGACGCGCCCAUCACUCUUACCCCUGCACCCCGGCCUCCCCGCUCUCCCCCGCCCCGGCAGCGUGGCGUACCCCAAGCACCACGGCCAGGAUGACAUCAGCGACAUCUACCUGCUGCCCCAGCGCACCAGGGGCGUCUUUGUGAAUAUCGCCCUGCAGGAGCCCUUUGGCCUGACGCUCAUCGAGGCGGCCGCCCACGGCGUCCCCAUCGUGGCCACCACCAACGGCGGCCCCGUCGACAUCAUCGCCACCCUCGGCAACGGCGUGCUGGUGGAGCCGACAGACCACCGAGCGGUCGGCGCCGCGGUGCUGCGGCUGCUCACGGACGGGGCGCUGUGGGAGCAGUGCGCCGCGGCGGGGCGCGACAACAUCAACGCCUACUCCUGGCCGGCGCACUGCGUGAAGUGCCUGAACGCCGUCGAGGGGGAGAAGCUCAAGGCGCGCUCGCGCCGCAAGACGGCAAUGCACUCCACCUACAGCGCUGACCUGGAGGAUACCGCAGACGCCCUCGCAGCAGGCGCCGCCCCCGCCUUUGCCGCCGCUCCGGACGCCUUCACUCCAGACGGGCUGGCCCCCUUGGCGCCGCCGCCUGCAGAGCCCGCGCCCGCGCCGCGAGCGGCACGCAUGAGCCUGGACGGCAACUCUUUCGAAGACCGCGCCGCCCUUGCGGACUCAAUUUCGGCGGCGGCGGCGUACUCGGCCGCGGCGGACGCGCGGGCCGGGCCCGCUAAAGGCACGUACGCGGUCCUGAUCCUGGACAGCCGCGACACGCUGCGCGCCGCGGCGCCCCUACUGGCCACAAAGGGCAAGGCCCUGCGCGCACUCGCGGCCGGCGCCGGCGCCGCCGUCGGCAGCAGCGGCAGUGGCAUCGGCGUCGGCGUGGCGAGCACGUACCCUCUGGCGGAGACCCUCGACCUGCUCGCCGCUGCCGGCCUGCCGCCGGCUGCCGUCGACUUCGCCGCCGCCGCCUGCGGCAGCAGCAUCUGGUACGGCGGCCCCGGCGCGCGCGGCGCGGGCUGCUUCGUCGGGGACGCCGGCUACGAUGCCCUCAUCAGCCGGUCGUGGGACCGCGACACCACCGAGCGCAAGGUCAACGCGAUCCUCCAGGAGCCGGGAUUGUUCGCCGGCCUGCCCUCCGGCGCGACCACGGCUGCGGCGGCCGCAGCGUCGGCCGCGCGCGUCGCCGCCGACACCGGGCCGCACCUCGUCUGCGUCGACGUGCCGGCCGCCGCGGGGCUGCCGGCCGCGGAUCUGUCGCGGCGCGGGUCGAGGGGGACGGCGCGGGGGCGCUGCACGUGA